UGUUCUCUCUAUUUGUCUGUCAGUGGGUGUGUUUUUGAUACAAAAAAAAAGUUAUUUUUGGAUUCAGUUUCCUACAUAUCUUCUCCUCCUUUGCUUUCUAACUUCCUUUCCUCUGGGAGUCCAAAACCAAAGGAAAACGAAGAAAGAGAAGAAAAAAAUCAUUCUUUGUAUAUCAAAGCAAUGUUUAAGUGUUACCCCUUCAACCUUCUCCUUGUGAAUAUCCUUCUGCUUUGCCUUGAUGUUCUUCUUGCAUUUAUUGCCUUCUUUCAGCUUUGUAGGAUUCACCUACGUAAUCAACAAGUUGGGUGGACACGUCAAAAGGUUCUUCAUCUCAUGAUAGGCUCCUCUAAUUGUGGUUAUUUCAUUUAUUUUUUGUGCAUGGUUGUUGGCACAUGCAAAAGGUGGCUUUGCUGGUCUAAUGUGUGUGGCUUUGUUCUCAUGGCCUUGCCCAAGAUUCUGGUUUUGGCUGCAUUUCUUCUUCUCUUAUCUUUCUGGGCCGACCUUUGCCAUCAGGCAAAUGAUGAAGAGGAUGGUGAUGAAGAACAUAAUAGUCAACAGCCUUUAUUGGAAAGUUCAAAGAACAAGUCAGGCUUGUCAAACAUUGAUAUUUGUCGGAAAUGUUGCUCAUUCCAAGGCAUUCAUGUUGGUGGCAGACAAAAAUUUGUCAUUGUGGUCAUUAUUCUCAAUGUCUUCAUAAUGAUUGCCUUUGCUGCAAUAAUCCGGAUUUGUGCAGGGAAGAAUUCUAGUCAAUCUUUAGUAGUUGCUCGGGUAUAUAUAGAUUUUCUUGCCACAACAGUGCUUUUAAUGGGUGGAGCUUUUGGUUGCUAUGGUUUCCUUCUAUUUUCUAAAUUAAGGAGAGUCCGCUCCGAGAGAGCUUCGUCUGAAAUGCAGAAGGUGGUUGGUUUAGCAGUUGUCUCGGUCUUGUGUUUCACAUCGAGUUCUUUAAUAGCUGUUCUUAUGGAUCUUCCUCUUUUUCAUCAUUGGAAUCCAAAGGAGAUCAAUGGCGUAGAAGCACCUAUUCUUAUUUUGCACUAUGUUUUAGGUUCAUCAGUCCCCUUCGCAUUUGGACUAUGGUUCAUGAGAGAGCUGCCGGCUCCGUCUACAAGUAAUAGGCAAGUGCAGCCAAUAGCAACAACUUUUAUCACUUAUGGACCAGCAGGAAGGCCUCAUCACCAUCAGUACUGGGCUACUGCAACAAGUUUGGGAAAUCAGGUAUCUAGAGCAAGUCCAAUUUAAGCAUUUAUUCAUCCAAACAACUACAGAAUAGACCUCUGUGUUUCUCUCCUGGCUUGGCUCCAAGGAUGAAAAGGGGAUGGAGAUUUUGCGAUGCAGCAGUCUCCAUUUGGCGGAACUAAUCGGCACAUUCUUGAUUCAGAUGACCGUGUUUCUAUCACCAUAAUUUGACAUCAUUUUAAGAACUAUAUAUGUAGGUGAUGCAUGAAUGUUAUAGAAACAAAUAGAUGAUUUGGUGGUUUUUUUUUUAGGAUCUGUGAUUCUUAGGCAUUAUGUUGUAAAUUUAUCCUCGGGUUGAACACCAGCUUGAACA